AUGGGCGCGACUACAAAUCCGGAGUCCGCUACUNNNNUGGAUGAUAUGAAAAAUAUCAUUAAUUUUUCUACACUUCUACCCUGA